CCGCCGCCCUCUCCAUCUCUCGCCCCACCCACUCCUUCUCCGCCCGCGUCCUCACCGUCUCCAUCGGCGACGUCGUCUACGUCUGUUUGAAUGGGUGUUACCCAAUAGUUCACAAGGGUAGAAAGGUGAUGCAAGUGGAAGGCCAACAAUGGAUGAUCACAAAGAUGGAAGAACUCUCUGCAUUGGUGUUACCCAGUAGUUCUCACUUUCAUGUUACCGAACUGUUACACGUGGAGGAAAACACAUACUAUCUUAAAUCAUUUAUGGGCUUUUGUCAGAGCAGGAUUGAUAUUCGUUUCAUUAUGGCCCCUAAUGUAUACGAGGGGUAACCCUGGAAAUUCCUUAAGUUGAAAGUUUGAACUGAAUUGUGUCGGCUGAACAAUUUCAUGGUUACAUGUGGUAUUGUGUUCAUACCUAGUACUGCUCAUCUGUCCACAAAUUCUCCCGCUGUGCUAUAAUUAAAUUUUGCACAAUACUUGAUCUAAUAUUAUUUGGUAGAAGUUAUGGAGGUUGGAGAAAUGAGGAUACGCUGCGAACUUGAACACAAUGUUCAUUUCUGUUUCGUUAUAUAUUCUGUUUUCUGUCUGAAUAGCUCAACACUGAGGUCUAUUUUCAUGGCACAGGAGGAGCACUAUGUGUCUAUUCUCAACUUCUCAUGGCCACAGGUUGCAUGCGUGACAGAAUGCCCAGUUAGAGGGAGCAGGGUGGUGUUCAUGAGCUUUUGUGAUAGGUCCAAGCAGAUCCAGAAGUUUGCUGUACGUUUCCCUCGCCUCAGUGAUGCAGAAUCAUUCUUGAAUAGUGUGCAGGAAGUCUCAAGCAACACAAUGGAUAUAAUGCCAUCUGGAAGCGACUAUAUGUGUGAGCAUGAAGAUUCAUCAUCAUCUCAAUAUAUUCCUUCUAAUGGACUUCAAUACAGGCCUGAUGAAACGGUAAGCUUUCAGGAGCCAACUUCUGAUCACAGGACAGAUGCACCUGCUGUUGGCUACCACGUGGAACCAGAUCAGCCUGUUCUUCAGUCUCCGCUUGCUACAAAUAUCAAUAGCAUCUACUCUGGUUUCCCUGAGGGCUACUGUGGUUUCCCUGAGGGUUACUCUGGUUCAGUUAAAAUUGAGAAAGUAACUGUUCACACAUGCAACUCAGAUGGAGAAGGACCCUUUCCAGCGACUACAACUGAUCAUCCUCCUGAAAAGGCCUACAUACUGGAUACUUGUCUUGAUGCAAUGAUUGCUGCAACUGCAGCUGCUGGUAGAAAUUCGGUUGCUGGAAAAGGAAAGGGUGCUGGUAAAGAGAUUGAUGUUAGUGACCUAACACGUGAUAUUUUGGCAGGGAUAGAGACAUAUGUGGGGAACGACUCUUUUCAUGAUAUGCUGUCCAAGCUCGACAAAGCUAUCAAUGAACUGGGUGGUGACAUGCUACUUUAGAUAGCAGCAACCCUCUUGAAUACCGCUGAAAGGCCUUACUUGCCUCUGACAAUAUGUACAAUGUAGUGGUACUUCGCCUAGUAUCCGUGUCAGGUAUGCUCCUACAAGAAACACCUAAUGUUAUCCUUUAUAGCUACAGGCCAGAUGGAUGAUAACAUUGUGGGAUUAGCAAGCAAUAGGCUGCAUGUUUUCUCUGAUGUGGCACGGAAGUAAGGUCGUACCUAGACAGUUAGACGAACUAUAUUAAUCCAGAAGCUUGAUGCCUCACCGUCCUUGACUGUUUCUGUAAGCUUAUUAUUUGUGUCGCGCGUUCUAUUAUGCUGUUGCUUUGA